AUGAAGACCUCAAAAGUUUUAAAAAGUUUUAAAUUAUUUCAAAAAUCUAAAGUUGAAUCACCAAUCCCAAUACCCAAUGAAAUCUUCAACUUGCGUACAUAUAUCUUUGCCAUACUAGCUUCAUUUGGAGCUAUAAUCUCAGGUUAUGACACCGGGUUCAUUGGUGGGACAGUCACUUUAGAAUCAUUCAGACAUGAAUUUGGUAUUGAUAAAAUGUCAAGUUCUCAUGCAACUUAUGUGAAUUCCAACAUCAUUAGUGUCUUCCAUGUUGGUGCAUUUUUCGGAGCCUUGGGGAUUUAUCCAAUUGGUGAAUUAUAUGGACGUCGUAUUGCAUUGUUUUUAUCAGGAUUUUUCCUAACGUUUGGUGCAGCAAUUUCAUUAAUUUCAAAUUCUCAAAGAGGGUUAGGUGCUAUUUAUGCCGGUAGAGUAUUGACAGGUGUUGGUAUUGGGUUUUGCUCUGGGAUUACUCCAAUGUAUGUUGGUGAGAUUAGUCCUCCUUCGAUUAGAGGUCAAUUAACAGGUCUUUGGGAGAUUGCAUGGCAAAUUGGUGGGUUAGUUGGUUAUUGGAUUAAUCUUGGAGUUAAUAAACAUGUUUCUAAUCCAACUUCACAAUGGUUAAUCCCAUUUGCUGUGCAAAUUAUUCCAAGUGGAUUGUUUUGGAUCGGUGUGGUUUUCUUACCAGAAUCUCCAAGAUGGUUAAUUAGUAAAUAUAAAAGAGAUGAAGCUGAGGAAAAAUUAAGUUAUAUAACAACAUUACCUAAAGAUCAUGAAUUUGUUCAAUUUGAAUUGGGUAAAAUGGAGGAGAAGCGUGAAUUGAAACGGAAAUUAUAUGGUGAAGGGAUUUUCCAACAAAUUAAAACUGUUAUUUUUUCAUCAAGAUAUAUUAAAAGAUUAAUAUUAUCCACUUCAACUUUUAUUUUACAAAAUGGUGCAGGUAUUAAUGCCGUCACUUAUUAUUCAGUUACAGUUUUCAAAAGUAUUGGACUUUCAGGGGCGGAUGCUAAAUUAUUCUCCACUGGAUUAUUUGGUGUUAUUAAAUUAGUUGCAGCAGUUGUUUGGUUAGGUUUAAUUGUGGAUAAUUGGGGACGUCGUGCAGCGUUCUUUUGGGGUUGUAUACCCUGUGGUAUUGCCAUGUGGUAUUUAGGAGCAUAUAUUAAAGUCAGUGAUCCAGCUUCCAAAUUAGCCACUGGGAAUGUUAAAUUAGAUUCAGGUGGUAAAGGUGCUUUGGCAAUGUUUUAUAUCUGGACAUUUGUUUAUGGUGCAACUUUUAAUGGUACUUGUUGGGUUUAUUGUGCUGAAUUAUUUGAUCAAGAUGUUAGAAGUUUAGUUAGUGCUAUUAAUGCUUCAAGUAAUUGGUUUUGGGCAUUUAUCUUUGCUAGAUUCACAGGUAAUAUGUUUAAUGCCAUGGGGUAUGGAGUUUAUUUCUUAUUUGCAAGUUGUAUGACCGUUGGCCCAUUAUUUGUGUUUUGGUUUUUCCCAGAGACUAAAGGUGUUCCAUUAGAAGUUAUAGAUCAUUUAUUUGAAGUUCCAGCAUGGAGAGGACGUGAGUAUGCUCUAAGUAAGAUUGAGAGAUCAUCAAAAGAAGAUAGAGAUGAAAGAGAGGAGUCUACAGAAAGGGAGGAUAUUUCAGUUAAACAAACAAAAAGUGAGCAUGAUUGA